CUUUAGCAAUUUUAAUCUUUAUCCAAAUUAGUUUCCAUUUGUGGAGCUUCUUCUACCCAAAAUUUGGGGGCUGAGAAAGGGUUUUAGGGUUUGGGGGAAUUUAUUGAAAAGUUCGUUUAAUGAAGGCUGCGACGAAUCCAGAGAUACUUGAGGUUGAUGACGAAGGAUGUGAAAAUGAUGAUUUGGUGGAUGAUGUUUAUGCGGCAGAGCAAAUUGGCUCAGAAGGUGUUUCAACGAAACCCUCAAGAACCAGUGAGCUCACUCUCUCCUUUGAAGGAGAGGUCUUUGUCUUUCCUGCUGUCACACCUGACAAGGUGAAAACUGUUCUCUUGCUAUUGGGAGGGCGUGAUAUACCUACUCCUGUUCCAACACUUAAACUUCCAUUUGAGAAUAGCAGGGGUGUAGGUGAUAAUCCCAGGCGGUCAAAUCUGUCAAGACGACUAGCUUCUCUAGUUAGGUUCCGUGAGAAGCGUAAGGAAAGAUGUUUUGACAAGAAAAUUAGAUAUACUGUGAGAAAAGAAGUUGCGCAGAGGAUGCACCGUAAUAAUGGACAGUUUGUUUCCGUUAGAGAUGGUUCGAACUGGGAAGCUACCCAGGGUGGCCUUCAAGAUGGCACAUUGCACUCUGAAACUGCCACGAGGAGAUGUGAGCACUGUGGGGUUGAUGAAAGUAAUACUCCUGCAAUGCGCCGAGGGCCAGCUGGACCGAGGACUUUGUGUAAUGCUUGUGGUCUUAUGUGGGCCAACAAGGGAACGUUGAGAGAUCUCAGCAAAGGAGCCAGAAAUCUUUCUGUGUCUCAGAUUGAACCUGAGACCCAAAUAGAUAUCAAACCACUCUACACAGAAGACUCUAGCAAGCAGGAUAAAAAUGGAGUUUCAGUAGAUCCUACUAAAGCAAUACAAGAGUUUCCACUUGAUACCGAUGGCAAUCCCGAUGUUAAGGGUCUGCAAGAAGCAGAUGAAGAUAUGGCCAGUUAUUUACCUGUUGGAAUGCUGUCCUCAUCGGCCGAUGAUGAUGAUCAAGAACCUCUUGUGAAUCUGGCUAAUCCAUCUGAUACAGACUUUGAUAUACCUUCUAGCUUUGAUUAGUUAGAAGGACAUCAGGAAUGUGAUUCCAUUUGUAACUAUGAGGCAGCUUCAUCGGACGGAGCACAGCUUUGUGGAAGGAAAUAAAUAAAUAAGUUAUGGGGCUAGAGAUGGGUUUGAAGCGUUUCUUAUUUGUACCUAUGAUUAUGUAUCAGUUUGAUACUUGAUACUUGACACUUGCUAGAUUCAGUACAUACAUGACUGAUGAUGGAUCAUAAGCCGAAAAUGUAUAUUUCCCAAACAAAACCUUCUUCUUCCA